CAUAUGUGUAUCAAAUACAAUCUAACACUGUGUUUUAUAUACAUUCACAGGAAAGAAGCAAGGGCUGAGUGGAGCAAGAAAAUUGAGAAUUGAUAAUAGGAGAGAAGUGCUCGCGGAGGUGAGACCAAACCAAUCAGCCUCCGAGGCUAGGAAGCAACCAAUACCAAGAGAUGUGAAAAUGGGAAAACAAAAGAUUUAGGAUAGAUUUGGCCGGGGGUCCCCUUUGUCUCAUGGAGAGACUUCCUGAUGGAGGAUGAAGCCAGAGUGGCUGCGCUUCCAAGCCGUCUCCACAGACAGAAGGAGGCUACCAGCUGCUCCCACCUCCACCACAAGAGGGAGGCUACCUGCUGCUCCCACCUCCACCACAAGAGGGAGACUACCUGCUGCUCCCAGCACCACAGCGAGAAGAUUACCUGCUGCUUCCGCCUCCACCACCAGAGAGAGAAAAGGAGCUCCUGAUGCCGCCUCCCAAGGGUCUGCACCUGCCGUCGCCUCCCAAUGGUCCGCUGUCAUUGCCUUCGGAGAGAACACUCCUGCCCUUUCGUGCACCGCCUAUGGCUGUCAAUCUUGUAUCGCCUACGGCCACAAAGCCUGCACCGCCUGGAGCUGCCGAGCCUGCACCGCCUGCACGUCACCGCUCGAGGAUGCCUGCACGUCACCGCUCGAGGAUGCCUGCACGUCACCGCUCGAGGAUGCCUGCACGUCACCGCUCGAGGAUCCUGGGGAUGCCUGCAUGUCACCGUCCGGGGAUGCCUGCACGACACCUCUCGGGGAGUUGUGGUGUCCACCAGCAGCAGUUUUGGGAGCAAUCGGCUACAGAGAAGGGGAAGGUCAGGAGACCACCUCAACCAGCAGCACUUCCACUGCCAGUUUUGCCUUGGCCAGUGGAGCUAGCCUGUGCAUUGUCAGCCUGGCCACUGCUAGUGUUGGCAUGGGAGAAGAACUUCCCACCAUGGCCACCAGCUAA